GAAGAUAAAAAGUGCAUGUCAUCAUUAGCAAAAAAAAAAGAUUUCCUUCAACUGCUGUACAACUGGCAAUGGGUGGAAAUUGACAACGUACAAUUGCCUUCGGUUAUGAGAGGUGGCGAGCGAUUUCUAGCCGUUCAUAUGGUCCAAUUGAAAUUGCUAAGCAAAUUCCCUCCUGCAAUACCGGCCGAAAUCAUUUCACGAUUCACCAUGGUCUCACAUAAGAUGAGCACAGUGGAAGCAUGGCAAUUUAAUGCCAUUAAUGCCAUCAAACGGAAAUUCGAUCUUGGCUGUCAACUGUUCACCACUCAAGACGAAGUAGUCCGACUUAAUGAUGUACAGAUGUUCUAUUGGAAUGUUAAAGCACUGAAUCUCAGUCGUAUUAUUCAGCAGUACGAUGCUGAAUUGCAAAACACUAAUGGAAACCUCACAUUGAUUGCCACAAUACAAUCACUUAAAAAUCACGUGGAGGCUGAUUUAGAGGUAAGAAUAGCCUACUACUCAUUAAAAAUGGACAAAACGUUUCGUAUUUGA